AUUAAUUGAUUAAUUACAUUGUUUACAUAACUUUUAAGUACAGAGCAAUAGACCACGACGACCUUCCAAGUAUGUGCUUCGCUCUCGCACACCCCACACACCUCGACCCAAACUUCAGCCUCAAACUCCCUUGGAGCGCAAGAGCGUUCCAGUCGGAGAAAGAUUUCAAGCUGUAGUUCCCUCUACCGUGGCUGUCAAUGCUGACAACGAUGACGAGAACUCAAAGCUCUUUCUAGGAGAAGUGGUCUGGUCCAAAACAGUGGCGAGAAGCCAUAGCGCUAGUAUGUGCUUCUGCACGGACGAUGGCUCGGAAGACUGUGUGAAACUACACGUCAACGAGCAACGCGGGAAGCUCAAGCAGGAGCUGGGAGAGGACGUCUUCCGAGAGUGGGGGUUCCACACAAUGGGAGAGAGCUUGAUCAAGUUGGCCAAGUGGAGCAUGCAAGAGCAAGCCGAGUUUUCGGCAAUUGUGAGACGGUGCCAGGGGGACAACGAGAAGAAGCUUUGGCCGGACCUCCAAGCUUCCUUCGCGGGAAGGAGGAACCGGGAGGAACUGGGAAGCUACUACUUCAACGUCUACGUGCUGAGGAAGAGAGCUCACCAAAACAGAACCUACGCACCCGACAGUGAGAAGUUUGAUACUGAUAAGGAGGACGACGACUUACUGGUGACCUGCGAG